AUGUACUAUACCAACAUGUCUGUGUCUUCUACCGAGGGUGCUGCUGCUGCAAGCACCUCACAGAUUCCUGCUUCCGAACGAAUGACCCUGUUUAGACCAAAGCCAUUGCUUUUGAAGUUGUUAAAGUCUGCUGGUGUGCAAAAAGAUGUUUAUACUGUGAAAGAGGUUAUAGUUUAUCUUGGCCAAUAUAUUACGGCUAAGCGAUUAUAUGAUGAGAAGCAACAACAUAUGGUGUAUUGUUCAAAUGAUCUGCUAGGAGAAGUGUUUGGUGAGCCAAGCUUCUCUGUGAAAGACUGCAGGAAAAUUUAUGCAAUGAUCUACACAAACUUGAUAGUAGUCAGUCAACAGGAACCAUUGGAUUCUGGUACAUCUAUGAGUGAAAAUAGAUCUGUGCAAGAGUUACAGGAAGAGGAAACUUUACCUUCACAUAUGAUUUCUAGACCAACUACCUCAUCUACAAGGAGAUCAAUUAGUGAGACAGGAGAAAGUUCAGGUGAAUUAUCCAGUGACAUACAAAGAAAGGGCCAUAGAUCAUCAACUUUGAGUAGCAUCAUUUACAACAGCCAAGAUGUUAAAGAGUCUCUUACAAUAUCAGUAAGAAAGAAAUUGAUGCUAAUAUUUGGUGCUAAGUAA